UUCUUCAACGGCGUGCCAUAAUCAACGCAAGGUGGCGAGAUUCGAGACGAGAGUGAAACCCAUUGAUAUAUCAAUUCCUAUGGCAAGCAUAAGCAAUGGGAAUGGAUCGACGAUACAGAUCAACACGCGACCGGAUGAUAUACAAAACCGCGUCAUCGGUGCGGAAGAAAACGUCCAAGAGGACAAAAGUCACUGCGGGAUUAUUCUAGUGGCAUUAUCCUGGAUCGUUGUGAUCUUAACGAUGCCAUUCUCCCUCUUCAUUUGCUUCAAGGUGGUGCAGGAAUACGAGAGAGCCGUGAUAUUUCGUCUGGGGCGGCUUACUGCCGGUGGCGCCAAAGGACCCGGCAUCUUUUUCAUCCUACCCUGUGUGGACAAUUACGCUCGCGUCGACCUACGUACUCGAACGUACGACGUUCCGCCGCAAGAGGUGUUGACGAAAGACAGCGUGACGGUGUCCGUCGACGCGGUCGUGUACUAUCGGGUGAACAACGCGACGAUCUCGAUCGCGAACGUGGAGAACGCUCAUCACAGCACCAGGCUGCUCGCUCAAACCACGCUCCGUAACACCAUGGGAACCAGACCCCUCCACGAGAUCCUAAGCGAGCGUGAAACUAUCUCCGGGAACAUGCAGGUAUCACUGGACGAGGCUACAGACACUUGGGGCAUUAAAGUUGAACGAGUGGAGAUCAAAGACGUGAGGCUACCUGUCCAGUUACAGAGAGCGAUGGCCGCGGAAGCUGAAGCCGCCCGUGAAGCUCGCGCGAAGGUAAUCGCAGCCGAAGGGGAACAGAAAGCUAGCCGAGCGUUGAGAGAGGCUUCCGAGGUGAUAGGAGAUUCUCCUGCCGCGUUGCAGCUUCGCUACCUGCAGACUCUAAACACUAUCUCGGCGGAGAAAAAUUCGACGAUCGUAUUCCCGCUGCCUAUCGACAUGUUGACUUACUUCAUGAAAGCGUCCGCCGCGAAAGAGUCUUAAUCGCAAGGACAUCCCGUUCUAUCGAGUUACUUUCGUGAAACCGAAAUAAUAUCGCGAGGAUCUUCGAGUUACCGAAGACACUUCACUGCGCCAGGGGAAACUGAAUCUUUAAUUUUGUUGCAAAAAGAAAAGACCAUCAAGACACAAGCUAUGAAUCUACACGCAGGCGGGAAUUAUCGAAUAUUUGACCAAUUAGAUAGAAUAUUAACGUCGGGGUGCACACUUACAGGCUACAAAAUUUGCAACUUUCCGAUGGAAUCUCACUGACAACGCGAAUAGCCCCGAAUACUGAAGACCUGAAACGUAACGUGACUACGUUUCUGAGUUAACAUCGGAUCGAUAAACGCAAAGAAUUUUUGCACUAUUCACUGCACAUACCCAUGUUGACUGUCUCGACCAAUUUUAUAACACUUUCAUAUUUUUUAAAAUCUUCACACGUAUUUUUUUUUAUAAAUUAUUUAUCUGUUUUACUUGCGUAUACUUACGACCUGUAAACGUACAAUGGCGAUCUGUAUUAUCGAGGAUAAGUUAUGCUUAGAGAG